AUGGUAAAAAUAUUAUUAAAUUUGAAAAUACAAGAACUACCAAAACUGCUAAACCAUAAGGAUAAGAAUGGUAUGACUCCAUUUGAUUUGCUGAGAUCCAACUUAUUUUCUUGUGCAACUUCCAAUAAUUCCGUCUAUUCGAUCCGCCAAGAUGGCUCCUUCAAGGCAAAGUACAUUGAAGACAAUCAACCAACAGCCAUUAAACACUCAUCAUCAAUUAUUAUAUCCACGAACAGUGGCGAAUUCUUGAAUUUCGAUCUUGACGAUGAACUUCUGUUCCCACCACCUUUGACGAAUACACUACUUAGCUUUAAAAUUAUGAAAUUAGUCACAUCUCUGAGCCACUCUGCUCUCAUUACUGGAGAUGGUCGUCUGUAUAUGACAUCUUUUUCGGCAAAUCUUUUGAACUCUUCCUUCUGCAGAAUUAAGUUUUUUGAUGAUCUUUGGGCCUCUGGAGAAAUAGUUACAGAUAUUUCACUGACAUCAAGCCAUGCCAUUGUCCUUACAAAUUUGAAUAAGCUUUACACAUUUGGUACUAACAUUAAAAGGCUAAACUUGUAUCCUUCAUCUGAUACAGCUUAUCCAAAUACCUCGGUAACUCUACAUCCGUCUAAUUCUUCGUCUUCAGUGAUAUCAAAUUCAUCUUCAAGAGCUUCAACUUCUAAUUUAAUUUUGAAUAAUGGUUCGAAUGAAUACACUAAAGACUAUAGCUCUUUAAUUCCUUUGCAAGUUUUGACUAAAAGUGCUAGCUUAUCUAAAAGCUCCACCCCUAAUUCAACAGGCGCAUCAUCAAGCGUAGGGAAUAACUUUAGUUUAUUGACCUCGUUAAGGGCUCUAGAGCCACCAAACACAGAUGAUUCAUCAUCAAGGUUAAGCGGUGUUACAUCCUCAAAUAAUCACACGAUUGUAUAUUCCAAGGAUUCAUUGCACAUAUACGGACUAAAUCUGGGACAGUUCGGACCAGUAACCAAUUCGAAAAGUUUUACGAGGGAAAACUCGGGAAACUCUCAAGUGGCUCAGAUGGCAUCAUCUGCUCAUGUUGUUUGGAGAUAUGGAAAUGACCCAAUAUUUAAAGUGUUAGCCUUUGACCUUGCAACUUUGGUUGUUACCAAAUCCAGUGCAAUACAUAUCUAUUGUUCUGGUCUACACGUCCAAAUGUCUUUACCAUCCAAUCAAGACAUUGAUAAAACCUGGAAUAGUUUCAAACCUCGAGUGUUGAGUACUCCAAAACAAAUCAAGAAAAUGGUCUCUCCGAUCACCGGUGAGAAGUCAGAUACCAUUAAUCCAAACCUUUCAGGAAGCUUAAAUUCAACUUAUUCGGUUUUACUCUUGCUAGAUAAUGGUGAAGUUACAAUGUUGACAUUUCCAAAAUAUGCGGAGUCUAAGGAUUCAUUUAAAGAAGCCGUGAAGUUUUCCACAAUUUGGAGACCUGCACGUCUAGAGUUGAAGGCUUCCGAUAUAUCUAUAGGGGAAUUCAAACCAAAUUGUAAUGGCGCUGUUUUAUGCACGAUUAAUGGUGAAGUUUUCAAAAAGGGUAAGACAAAAUGGUCAAGAAUAAAUGGUCUAACAAACAUUUCCUUGGUCUCCAUAGGGUUUGGAUUUUUACCUAGAGGUACAUUUACGAAUGACCUAUCACCGAAAAUAAUGAUGUUAAGAGAAGAGAAUGCCCAGUUGAAGCAUUCUGUUACAAUACCGAAAACUAAAAAUGAGUUUGCAAUUUUCUCUCCCCUUUCUAAAUUUUGGAGAAAUAGUGAUUAUAUAGAUACUCAAUACGAGGACAUUGAUUUUUGGGGGAAUGAAAUGAUAAAAUCGAAAAAAGCAGUUGACGGUUUUGACGACGAGCUUACCGAAGAUGAUGAGUAUAACCGAGAAAAUGGUUUGCUAUUUUCAAAACAUUUGAAUUCGAAAUUCACUAAUCGAUUCUCAGACUUUUAUCAGAUUAUGCAGUCAGAAGAAAUUUUCUGUAUUAAUAUGAUUCUAGAUGAAAAGGACGAGCCGUCUGGUUUAAAAAACGAAAAGUUUUUUGAUUAUCCAAUACAUGUCAAGAAUACUAAAUCAGGAUUUGAAACUACUUUUACGGUGCAUAAGCGGUUUUUCUUCAAUAGACUUGGCAUCCAAUCAGAACAGUUUUCUCUUGACCGUAAGAAUCUAACUUUUCAAUUUGGGGAGAACGAAGGUUCAAUUGUUGGUGAUUUAGAUAUUCGAAGUGUUGCUAUUUUUAUUCACAUUCUAUAUAGCGACCAAGAGACGCAUACAUUAACACCAAUGAUAAAUUUUGAUCAAAGUAUAUGUAGUGGGAUUGAAAGGUUGUCAUACACAUUCUCUAAGGUUCCGUUUGAUGAGGCAAUGAGCAGAACUUUUGGUGAUGAAACAUGUGGAGACAUUACGGUUCGUCUAGCAAAUGACCAGCAAGUUAAGGCUUGGAAAUACUUGUUAAUAAGCAGAAGUGAAUACUUCAAGCAGCUAUUUUCGAAUGCCUGGCUGGAUGCCAAAGACGUUGAUUUUAGGCAUGUUGAAAAAUCUACUUGGAAGUUAUUGAUGAAUUAUUUUCAGGGAUUAGCAAAUGAUGAAAUAUUUUAUGAGACUAUUAAAGGAUUAAUCGAGUCGAACAUAAAGAAGAUAAACUUGAAUAGUGUUUUGUUGAAGAGAAAACCAAAAGCAGUUCUCACAGAAAACCAGGACAGUUACAUAGAAAAUGAUGAUUUUGUGAACUUGGUAUUAGAUCUGAUGUAUUUAUCCAAUGAGUUGCUACUGCCGGACUUGAAAAAUUUAUGCGAAUUGGCAAUAAAAGAUUGCAUAACUUUGGAUAAUUAUGAUGUUCUACUAUUGCAUUCAUAUUAUUCUAAAUCAGAGCAACUAUUUUCCAACUGUUCCUGGUUUAUAUUCAGAAACCUACUUUCCAGCUACAAUGAUCCAAAGACAAAUUAUACUGCACUAGGUGAUGAAUGUUGCGAACUGCUUGAACAAAGACUUCAUGAAUUGAUUGAAAUUUAUUACACUGGUGGCCGACAAGGGCUAUUGGGUUCACGGGGAAUCAAAAAUUUUAAAGAUGACAUUGAGAGUUUUAACGGGCACUUUCUUCAUGAAUACCUGUGGGAUGUUUAUGGAGUUACCGAUGAUGACAUUUUCAAGCAUGAUGCUUUACAGCGAAACAAGAGCGGUACAGUCAAACAGGUUCGAUCCAGUUCGGUGUCCUCUAACAUAGGUGACUCUAGGAGACAUGAAACCGAUUCACCCGUUCAACCUCGUUUGGACUUGGGGAGUGCAAUUGAUACAAAAGAUGAAAAUGACGCAGGUUCUGGAUUUAUUGUUGUUGAAAAAGGACGUCGAAAGUCUUCGACCUCGAAACCAAAAACCAGUAGUCCAGUUCCAACAAGGAGAUCAAGUAAAGGUGGAUUUCGUCUCAGUGAGGACGUCAAAACCUUUUUGAGCAAGGAAAAUGAAACUGCUAUUGGAGAGGACAAACCUGUAAUUAAGGAAUGGACAUUCCGGAUCUCUAAUGAAGGCUCUUCAGGUGAUGUGCUAGUCGGAUCAUCACAUGAUAUCGAUGAAAUAUUACAACAACGAACUCACAAGAGGACCACUCUUAAAUCGACCAAAAUGACAAUACCAAAGCUUUCGCAGAAGGAGCGGAAACAGAAAGAACGAGAAGAAGCUGAAAAGCAACGGCUUGCUCUUGAAAAUGAUAGAAGCAAGGCAAAAGGUACAGCAGUCAAUAGCUCGCCAUGGAAUAUAAACAACGCAUGGGGGGUGAGUACUUCUAAAGUUGUGGGAACCCCGGUCGAUGAUAGUCUCGGUCCCAAAUCUAUAUCUAAGUUUACUGAGCUGAAUACAGCUGCGGUUAUAACACCUAAUAAAUUAACAGCAGUGCAUUUCCCGACAUUGGAAGAGUUGAGACACGCUAAGAAGACAACGGAGUUUAUUCCCUCUGCAGUAUUGGAAGAGUUGGACGAGCCGGUAGUUCCGAUAAAAACCCUUGAUGAAAUUAGACAAGAGGAGGAAUUUGCCAGAUGGUGGGAGGAAGAAAGCCGGCGAGUUCAAAGGGAAAUGGGCAUUUUAGUUGAGAACAAGGACACCAACAGAGGAAGCAGAGGAAGCAGAGGAAACAGAGGAAGUAAGGCACAUAGAGGAAGCAGAGGAAAUAGAGGAAGUAAAGGAAGCAGAGGAAAUAGAGGAAGUAAAGAAAGCAGCGGUUCUGCUAACAGCGGUCGAGACCGAGGUGGGGAUAAUAGUGGUAGAGGAAAUGAAAGCGGUGAAGGCAAAGGUGAUAAGAAAAAAGGACGUGGGGAGAAGAGUGUAACUAUAAAGUGA